CUGCAAAGUCGCUCAUCUCCCCCCAUUCAAGAGUCUCCGUUCUUGGUUGUUGCUCCUGAAGUUCAUUUAUUCCCAGGUUCCUCUCCGGGGAGCAGAGGAGCGUGGAAGGACUGUAAAAUCAACCAGAGUAGGUGAGAGUUUUGUGAGGUUAGCGGCCUCAAAAGCCAGAGGUGACACGUUGCAGACAGAAAUUAAGCACGGAAGUAGGCAAGUUGUUACAGUUGACCCUCGACUCCGGCUGCUGCCAAUUGCGUGUUAAAUCCUGCUGCCCACUUGUUGUGGCUUCUUUUCUGCCGCUUUCUCCGAUUGCUGUCUCGCCUUCGUAGACUGUGUGUAGAUAGCUGAAGCUUAUCGCUUCGUGGGUCUCUGUGAAUCUGUCGGUUUGAGCUUUGAGUUUCUGGGGUGUGCAAUACCCAGUUCGCGAUUCUGAAGGCUGUUCACGAGUUUGCCGGCUCAAUUUGCCUAUGUUGGAGAGCGGUUGGAUUUCUGUCAUUUUGUUUAGUUUAUCGGCCGAGUUGUUUCCUGUUGCGGCCGAGGUGUGAUUUUGUUCUCUGAACGAGUUGAAUUGGAAUCCAGGAGAGUCCUGCUGUGAUACUUGGAAACCUGUAAAUUGACGCAGUCGAUUCUGCAGUAACUCAAUGUCUUAUCGAAAUUGAGAUGGAGUGAAGGCCUUUAAGUUGGCGCCAUGGUGUAAAUGAGUCUCUCUAUCUUUCUCUCGGUGCGGGAAGAAAUUUCGUAUAUGAAAAAACCACCCGUUUUUAAAGUACGACAACUUGCACGCGUGACCGGAGCUGCAUACCACCGAUGUUCAUGAGGUAGAAUUGAGUGUGUGAAAGUGGUAUAUGAUUUGAGUGUGCUCGAAAACCUGUAAGUAUUCUUGUCGCAGCAGAAUUGUGUUCUGCAAAGACCUCAUCUGAAGGAUUAGCUGACAGACAAGAUCAUGUCGACGAUAAAGGAAGCUCCAGGACCGAGGCUCUCUCCCUACUUGCAGUGUUUCUACGGCCUCUUCAAUUUGCUAUUCUUGUGCGUUAUGAUCCUCAGUUUCUUGAGUGUGAGCGGCACUUUUUCAAGGUCUCCUGAGGCUCAAACCUCAAAUCUUACCACCAUCUCUCGGUCCUCUCUGCUACACACGAACAUCGUCCCCACGCAGGGAUCCUCCACGUCUGCUAGAAGUGUCAUUGAUACGAUUUCGUCAUGCUCCAUGGACAAUUGCUUCAAUUACUCGCGGUGCGACAAGAUGGAGGAGCUGCUGGUCUACCACUACGACUCACAAUAUUCUCCGGAUUGGUACUUCAAGGACGCCUUGAAAAGGAGCCCUUACUACACCACCAAUCCGGCGGAAGCUUGCCUGUUCCUUGUCGUGGACAGAAGGCGAGUAGGUGGUCCGCCUCUGAGCCGGCUACCUUACUGGAAUCACGGCCUCAACCACGUCGUCAUCUCCGUCGUGGAUAAGCCCAGGAACCCUGACGCACGGUCGAUUGAAAUGGCGUCCACAAUGACGUCCAUCACCCACCAAACCAUAUAUCGUGCAGGAUUUGAUGUCAGUGUUCCUCUCCCGCAGAGAAAGUUUUACCCUAAUUUGCAGAGACUGUCGGCGAUGGGCAGGAAGUAUCUCUUGACUUACAAGGGGAAUCGCUGUUUGGAAGUGGGUUCUCGCGGGGGCAGAGUCUGCAUCGACCCAGUUUUGAGAGGCAUGCACAACGGGAAGGACAUCGUUGUCGUUACCACUUGCAAGCAGGUUUCGAGCAACGAAGUCGCUAAAGUGGAAGCCCGUUGUGCGAAGGACCAAUUCGUGUAUGAUCAGUACAAGUUCGACGACUUGAUCAAUUCCACAUUCGCUCUAGUUCCUGCCGGGAGUGGAGUGAGCUCAUAUCGUCUGAUGGAGGUUUUGUCUGCAGGUUCGAUCCCCGUCGCAAUUUCUGAAAGUAUUGUCCUUCCAUUCGACUCACUCAUUGAGUGGAGGCGAUGCUUGUUCGUGUUUCCUCCCUCCCAGAUGCAUAGAAUCGUGCCCACUCUGCAAACCCUCAACAAGGACGAAAUCGAGUUCAGGCGAGAGCACUGCCUCUUCAUUUACCGUCAGUUUUUCGGGAGUGACGACAAGGUCGUGGCCACUACCGCCAUGGCGUUCAAGUCCAGGUUCUUUGGUGUACUCCCCAAGCUCAUCCCCAACGUUCCUCUUCCUCCACGACACUUGAGUUUGAAGCAGCAGCAGCAACAGCAGCCUAAUCUAAAGCUUCAGUAAUCUGCCGGAGCUCUUCGGAAGUGCAAUAACUUCCGCAAGAGGUCUCAACGGCGUGUUGUACAUUAGAAUUCGGUGGAUCCCCGCCACCAGCACAAGUUUUGGUCUCAAUCCUCAAAUGAGAGAAGAGUUAUCAAGGAGGAAUCGUCAACAUAAAAGGUUUAUGAUUAAAUCUAUGAACAAAAAACAAUAAUCUCUGAUGAUUGAAUGAAACUCGCACACAAGUUCGUCGACCUUGUGGAAUUGUAUCAUAGAGUCGAUGAUUGGAAAGGGGGAGCUGCUUGGAGCUGUCUGUAUGCAAAGACCGCCAUCUGUUCCAUUUAAACCUCAUCGACCGAGCUUUCCUGUUACCCUAAUACAGACGGCCUGAUACUAUUUCCUCUCAGAGGAACUGCUUUUUUUAUUUUGCGUUUA